CUGAUUUGGCGGCCGGGCACUUUCGAUUUACGACCUUCCUUCUUCAUCUCAACGCACAAGUUGUUCUAUUGUCGGUCCUCUUCAAUUACCUGGGAGCCAGCACUGUCUAAGGAGUUUUGAGAACAACCUGCCGCAGCUCACAAGUAACACCCUCUCUUCAUUUUUUCUUCUAUCAAGAAAUAUUCGAAUAUAUGAUUUGUGUUUUACAGUUCAACGAACUUGAUUGGAAUUGAUACAAAGCUGAUAUUGCACCCGAAAUGGAUGCUCUAUAAUGACUGAUGCAUGGACCGAUAGAAAAAAGAGAAGCAUAAUGAAUCUGUGUGUUAACUGUAAGGAGGGUACAUGCUUUCUUUCUUCCAAAGAUGUUUCUACUGAAUCUCAUACAGGUGAAUACAUAUUUGAUUAUGUUGAUAAAUGCAUUGAAGAAGUUGGCCCAGAAAAUGUUGUCCAAGUUGUAACAGACAACGCUACCAACAAUGUAUUGGCUGCCAAAUAUUUGAAGGAGAAGAGACCUCACAUUUUCUGGAUUGGAUGUGCUGCCCACACCAUUGAUCUCAUGUUGGAAGGCAUUUCAAAGUUGGCCAGAUUCAAGAAAGUUAUUGAUCAAGCAAAAAGUCUCACCAUCUUUAUUUAUGCUCAUCACAAGACCUUGGCAAUGAUGAGAGCUUUUACUAAGAAAAGAGAUAUAGUGCGGCCGGGAAUCACAAGGUUUGUGACUUGUUUUUUGACUUUGCAAAGCUUGCUUGAAAAAAAAAACUCAAAUAAAGUCUAUGUUUGGUAGUGAUGAGUGGGAAGAAUGUAGUCAUUCAAAAUCUGCCAGGGGAAAAGUUUCUUUAGCAACCGUCAUGAGUACAGCAUUUUGGAGUUCAUUAAGUUUAUGCUUAAACAUUUAUGCUCCCUUGGUGAAUGUUCUUCGGUUUGCAGAUGGGGAUAAGCCUACUAUGGGUUAUAUUUAUGGAAAAAUUCUUGAUGCUAAGAACUCCAUCAAAGAAGCUAGUAAUAAUCUAGAGAAAAAUUAUAAGCCUAUUUUUGACAUAAUUGAUGAAAAGAUGAAAGACAGGCUUGAUAGUCCAUUGCAUCUAACUGCCUACCUAUUGAACCCUUAUUACUUCGAUCUAUAAGGAUGUUAACAUUCAAUUGGAUGGAGUGGUUAUGGAUGGGUUCCUCAAUUGUGUUGAGACCUUUUAUCAUGGAGGCUUUGACAAACAACAUGAAGUUGUCAAUAAUGAGAUCAAUGUUUACAAGAGCAAAGGAGGACAUUUUGGAAGAGCAUUGGCGAUAAAAGGAUUGCAAUGGAGCCAAAGAUUCAUUAUUUUUUGGCUUGAGAAUAUGAUGGAAUAAAGCAAAAUGGCUCUCUAAACUGUCUGCUCUUCUUUGUUAUGAAGCAGCCGCCAGUCCAUGCAAUUUUGGACGCGAUUUUCACUAUGGGUCAUCCGGAAACAGUCUCUCUGUGCUUUAGUACAGGGGUAAGACCGCGUACAUCCGACCCCCCCUUACCCCAAUGUAGGUGGGAGCCUUUGUGGCACUGGGGUAAAUGAAAAUGAAAAUGAUUGGCGAUAAAAGGAUGUCAACAAAAUGAUGGAAAGUUUGAUCCAGCAAAUUGGUGGAUGACAUAUGGACAUCAAGUGCCUAAUUUGCAAAGACUAGCUAUCAGGAUCUUAUGUUUGACUAGUAGUUCAUCCGGGUGUGAAAGAAACGGGAGUACUUUUGAAUGGAUUCAUUCGAAGAAAAGAAACAGAUUGGAUGUGAAACGUUUGAACAGUCUCAUUAAUGUCCAAUUUAAUGCAAAGUUAUUGAAAAGGAUAAAAAAAGACAUGGAUGACUAUAUUGAUCUACUAGCAAGUGAUGCAAAUAAUGCACAAGGAUGGUUGGUUGAUGUUUGCGAAACAACUGAAGAAAUUGAUCAUUCUUUCAUUCAAGCUGUUGAAGGUGAUGAAGUGUCACAGCCACGGAGAAGUGCUAGACUCAGAGAACUUUAUGAUGAUGAGUUCGAAUCUGAUUCAGAAGAAAUGAAUAUGGAGAUUGAUUUUUAGAUUGGUCAAGAGGAUGAAAUACCAUAGGGCCUGGGAACACAUUGCACAUGUGCUAAACUGCUGAUGAAGUCUUCAAUUUGUGUUGGCCUGCUCGUUUAAAGUUUAAACGGUUUUUGCUCAAGUUUAGUGUUCAUUUAAACUCUACCUUUAUGUUUCUGGCUUUUAGCCGUUGACAACUAUGUUUAAACUCUAUCAUUAAGUACAUUAUUUAAACGGCUUUUUGUUGGCAGCUAUGUUUAUUUUUUGCUUUUUUGAUGAGCAACUACA